AUUAUAUAUGAUGGGUUCCAACCUUGGGUAGCAACUAUGGCUUCAUCAUGUAAUAUUCAUGCUAUUAUGUUUUGUGUUUCUUCAACUUCUAAUCUUGCUUAUUUCUACCACCAAUUUCUUUAUGGGAGUUCAAGCCUUACAUCUUUUCCAUUUUCUUCCAUAUACCUUCAUGACUAUGAGAUCAAGAAAUUAGACAUACAACCGAUAAAACCACGCGAUGAGAAAGCUUUUGGAUACAUGUUCCUUAAGUCUUUUGAACAAUCUCAUAACAUUGUUUUGUUGAACACUUGUAGGGAGAUUGAGGGAAAGUAUAUAGAUUAUGUUUCUACAAUAGGAAAGAAGGAGUUUAUACCAAUUGGACCACUUAUUCGCGAGGCGAUCAUAGAUGAGGAGGAGGAUUGGGGGACAAUUCAAUCAUGGCUAGAUAAGAAGGAUCAAUUAUCAUGUGUUUAUGUAUCAUUUGGAAGUGAAAGCUUCUUGUCAAAGCAAGAAAUUGAAGAGCUAGCAAAAGGGCUUGAGCUAAGCAAAGUUAAUUUUAUUUGGACAAUCAAAUUUCCAAAAGGGGUGAAAACAACAAUAGAAGAAAUGGUUCCACAAGGUUUUCUUGAAAGUACAAAGGGA